AUGUCCGACUAUGUCAACCCUCGCGCGCAUGCCUGCCAGAACUGCGUCAAGGCAAAGGCAAAAUGCUACGACCUAACGGAUGGACGCUGCGAGAGGUGUAAACGCCUCGACAAGAACUGUAUAAUGCAGGAUCGUAGCACACCACGACCAUCAAAACCCUCCAAGUCAAGGCGAAACGACCAAGCAUUAAAAAUUAUACAGCUGGAGCAGAAACUCAACAGCCUAGUCUCGCUUCUUGGUUCUUCUCAGCAAAAUCAAGAUCAUGGCGCAUUCAAUGCGAUUACACCAGAGUCCACCGGACCAACCUCCAGCGCAUCAGAAUCCAUGAGCGCUCCGAUACAGAUGAGACAACCUAUUCCGCAGUGUUUUCCAACCACACAACAGCAAUAUGAGCUUGGAUCGCCGUUGUUUGCGCUGCCAGAGGGCAGAACCAACAAGAGCCCGGACGAUUUGCUGGACAUCUUCCGUCGGGAUAUGGCGCAUCAGGCCCCGUUUAUAUCAGUCCCCGUACAAAUGUCGGCGCAGGCCCUCGCAAGAGAACGCCCCGUUCUUUAUCGCGCAAUCAUGACAGUGACGUCAUAUCAUGACUCUGUCUAUCAAUUACAUAUGGGCCAGGAAUUGGUCAAAUACAUGAUGGAGCGUCUGAUCCUGCUUGGCGAGAAGAGCUUGGAUCUCCUUCAGGGGCUUCUGAUCUAUAUCAACUGGUACAACAGCCUGUUUCACGCCAAUCCGCAGACAAACACCUUACUCGGACUCGCGUUUUCUCUGCUUGUUGAUUUGAACCUGUACGUCCCAUACAAGAGCGGCAACAACCAUGAAAAAUUCGUUGGUGAAAUGAAAGUCACCGUCACCUCGAACCCGAAUUGGGCUCGAAGUUCGGAGCCUUCAAGGGAAGAAAGAAGGGCUGUUCUUGGAUGCUUCUAUCUCUUCUCAUGUGUAUCGUCUAAAUUUCGCAGUUUGAACCCACUACACUGGACAACCAACAUCCAGCAAUGCUACGAGGAAAUAUUGAAAGCCCCCGAAUACGAGAAUGAUCUGCGGCUAGUUCAUUUGGUAGAUUUGCAACGGAUUGCAGAGAAUACUAAAUAUAUCCUUGACCGCGAAUUCCCAUCGUCGAAUAGGUCCGUCCCAAAUGCUUCCGUUGGUCUACACCUCAAAUUACUAGUGUCCGAUUUGGAGAAGUUCAAAGUCACGCUACCUGAAAGAUUCCAACAAGAUUCGAUCAUGAUGAUGCAUUACCAUGCGGUUGAAAUACUCGUUUUCGAAUUAUGCUUCUUCAUGUCACCCACCGCUCCGGCGCAGGGACUGUCCCCCAAUCGAGCCGACGCCUUAUGGAUGUGCCUAACAGCAACUCGCACACUUAUAAACAUAUAUUUUUCACUUCAUUCACCACCCCACGUCAGCUUCUCCGCAAUAACGUUACAACAACUCUACCUCGCCCUGGCGACAUUGUCCAAGUUAUUAUUAUUCAAGGCCGACGACUGGGACGUGAACUAUGCGCAACCGUCGGUGGACUUGUCUACUCUGCUAGAUAGUCUAGUCACCAGAACGGAAGACCUUAGCGCAAGGUACGAUUUGAUGGAGAACAACAAGCCCUGGCUACAGACUAGCCGGAGGUUCAGACAAGUGAGGACUCGAUUUGAUGACCUGUUGUCAAAUGAGAACGUCUCGCCCGCCAAUAUUUCUACUGUACAGUCAUCAUCAAAUGGGUUAUUGCUAUCGUCAUAUCAUGAGUUUCGUCUCGAUCAAUUCGGGUUAUGGGACGAUAGGUUUUGGCCCACCAUGCAAGACGACCCUGCACAAUGCAGUAGUUAG